AAAUAGAAGGGGACACAUACAUGGCAGAGAAGAAGAGAAAAAGAGAAAUUGAAAAUGGAAUUGUAAGAGAGUGAGAGUGAGAGAGAGAGAGUGAGAGUGAGAGAGAGAGAGAGAGAGAGAGAUCGAGAGGAAGAAGAAGAAGAAUGGAGGUUAAAGCGAGAGCCCCGGGGAAGAUUAUAUUGACCGGCGAACACGCUGUCGUUCACGGAUCCACCGCAGUAGCCUCUUCCAUUGACUUGUACACAUAUGUGUCUCUCCGCUUCUCAACUCCUUCUGACAGCGAAGAAUCGUUGAAAUUGGUGCUGAAGGACGCGGCGUUGGAAUUCUCGUGGCCAAUCAGUAGAAUCAAAGCGGCUUUUCCUGAAUCUGCUGCUCCGUUAUCUUUCACGCCUUCCUCGUGCUCUGUGGAGAAUGCCAAGUCUAUUGCAGCUCUCGUUGAAGAACUUGACAUACCUGAAGCCAAAUUUGGACUUGCUUCUGGUGUUUCUGCUUUUCUCUGGCUAUACUCUUCUAUUCAAGGAAUUAAGCCUGCUACUGUGACUGUGACUUCUGAACUUCCGCUGGGUUCGGGCUUGGGUUCAUCGGCGGCAUUCUGUGUGGCACUGGCGGCUGCCUUGCUGGCUGUUACUGAUUCUGUUUCUUUGGAUGUGAAUCACCAAGGAUGGCUCUCCUUUGGGAAGAAGGAACUUGAGUUGGUAAAUGCAUUGGCAUUUGAAGGUGAAAAGAUCAUUCAUGGAAAGCCCUCUGGAAUUGAUAACACAGUAAGCGCAUAUGGUAAUGUUAUCAGCUUCAAGUCGGGUAACUUGACACAUAUGAAGUCAAGUGUGUCACUCAAAAUGCUCAUUACUAACACCAAAGUAGGGAGGAACACAAAGGCAUUGGUGGCGGGUGUUUCAGAGAGGAUGCUAAGGCAUCCAGAUGCAAUGGCUUUUGUGUUUAGUGCUGUUGAUUCUAUUAGCAAGGAACUGACUACCAUUCUCAAGUCACCCUCACCAGAUGAUCUCUCUGUAACUGAGAAAGAAGAGAAGAUUGAAGAGCUAAUGGAAAUGAAUCAAGGUCUGCUCCAGUGUAUGGGGGUCAGUCAUGCCACAAUAGAAACUGUUCUUCGAACAACAUUGAAGUAUAAGUUAGCUUCCAAAUUAACAGGAGCUGGUGGUGGGGGCUGUGUUCUGACAUUGCUUCCGACAUUGCUAUCAAGCACCGUUGUUGACAAAGUGGUUGCUGAACUGGAGUCAAGCGGGUUCCAGUGUUUCAUUGCUGGAAUUGGCGGGGGAGGUGUCGAAAUUAGCUUUGGAGCGUCGUCUUGAUUUUCUAUUUUUUAUUUUUAAUGAUCAAAGGAGUGAUCCUCAAAUAAUCAAAGGAUCAGAUCCUCAAAUAAACAUCAUCAAAUUAUCUGCUUCUCUUUUUAACAUCUUGUGCAUCAAUCUGUAACUUUUUUUUAAAAAAUUUUUAAAAUCAAUUUAGACUUUUUCUAAUUCAAUCCUGAACGGAAAUUGGAAGUUAUAAAUUC